CAGAAAGUGUUUUGUAAUAUCUUCAUUUGUUUUUAAUAUUGGAGUCUAAAUAAACCGCCGUGCUUCUUGCCACAACACUGACAAGCAGUUUUAUAAUGAAAAUAAUUUUAAAUAUUAGUUUGCACCUCUUGUAGAAUCUUCUUUUAUACAAAUAAAAACAUGUUUUUACUAAGGUAUUUGAAGUGGUGACGAGUCUGUAUUUGAUUUUGUACCGCCAGGUGGUGCUGUGAUUUGUGGUGGUCACAUUUCCAAUGCCGAAGAAGACGUUCUAACUUGUGUGCGUGAGGGGGAGAAAAGGACUGUGACACUCUGUCGAAUUAACUUCAGUGUUUGUUGAUAAACUGUCAAAUAUGUGGAGAUUAAGUAGAGUCUGCCAUAAAACUCGUCGAGCUGGCUACAGUUUGGAGGACUUCAGGUUAAAGAGACGAGAACGCGAAAAAGCUCUUCGUCAGGCUCGCAGAGACAAACAACUGGUGAGCAAGAGACUCCUGCUGAAUGAUGAUGAGGUGCAGCAAGAAGCCACCAUGGACACUUCCUCUGAGGAAAAGGAUAUUGUCGGUUUGUUCAACCAACUUCAACACAGUGGUCCUGAGAGGGAAGCCGUCCUCAAAACUUUGAGUCUAUUUCUCCGUGACUCCUCGGCUCAACUCGCCUUCAUCAAGCAAGAGAACAGUAUCCACAUGCUGGUUGGCCUCCUCACUGGCACCGACACUCGAUGCCGCCUGCACUCCGUCCGCUGUCUCCACGAGCUGUCUCACUCCCCUCACCCUAGUGUGGCGUCGGCCUGUCUGCCCGCCACCCCUUACCUCCUCACCUACCUGUCUGGACAAAGCACCAUGUUCACCGAGCUGUGUCUCUACACGCUCGGCAACUUGUGCCCGGACAGCGACCUUGUGAGGGACAAACUUCUGGCUCAGGGAAUCAUACCAGCGCUUGCCAACUGUAUGGAGAACCAGAAGCAUAAUUCGGUGGUAGUGGAAGCUGUGGGCUUCACUCUUUCUCAGCUUCUCCAAACCAAAGAAGCAUCAAGCAAAAUAAUACCGUGUGUUCUGGCCUCUACUUUACCUACACAACUCUUAGCAGUUCUGACACCUGACCAUCAUUUUUCAUUGGGCCCCGCCAUCGAAUGUGCAUGGUGCUUACACUACCUUACUUGCAGUUGUGAGGAAAACAAAGAACUGUUGGCUUGUGGAGCACUGUUGCAGUGCAGUACCUUGAUCGUGUCGCUUGGCGGUGCUGCUGCUCAAGGAAACAAAGAGGAUGGGCUCGAACUGCUGGUCUGUCCUCUACUGAGGUGCAUGGCCAACUUGCUGUCCUCCUGCACGCCAGACCAGCCAAGCGCCUGCCUGAGUGACGUGAAGCUGGCGGCCGCUCUGUGCGCGCUGCUUCAGGCUUACGUGCGGACUCGACCCGCCUUGGCCAGGGAGACCGCAUGGGUCCUCAACAACCUCACAGCUCAGUCCAGCUUUUUCUGCUCGGCUCUGCUGACUCUCAACUUGGUCCCGGGACUUCUCCAACUUCUGCCAUUCUCUCAGGGCAUCAACACGAUGAUCCUGAGAGUUCUAGCAAAUGUGGCCCACAACAAAAAGGAGUCCUGCGUCCAGCUGGCACACGCGGGGCUGCGGUCUUGUCUCUCGGCCACGCUCAAACUAGCCGAUCAUGAGGCGCUGACCCUGAGUAUGGACAUCCUUUACAUGCUGCUGGCUAGUAGUCCUCAAGUGGUAGAGGAUUUUGUCAGGCAGGGCGGCAUUUCGCUUCUAGAAAGUUUUCAAUACCACAGCGAAGAAGACUUGAGGAGAAGGUCAGCGUACCUCCUGGAGCGCCACCUGUUGUCUUCUUCUUCACACACGGACUCCACGCCUUCUUGACCCAACAGCAAGUCCGAAAGAUGUGUGCACUGACAUUAUGUACAUAUGACAAUAGAAUACUACGUUUUAACAUAUAUGAAAGGGACAAGCGGGAGAAAAUGGAUGGAUGGGAUGGAUUUUACUCUCUAACAAACUUGUACGAAUGUAUUAAACAGGA